GAAGCGUGAGUGUGCGGAAAAGGUUCCGUUUGUAUUUAUUUUGAUCGUAAAAUUCUCGGCGCAAGGGAUAGAGAAAGUGUGAGGAGGAAUGGGGAGUGAGAGCAGAAAUAGGUAUGGCAACGGUUGCGGCGGCGACGGCGGCAGUGGAGAGCUAGUUGCGGCGGAAAAGGAGAUGGUGCAGUGCGUGAAGGAGAUCGUGAACUGCACGGAGUGCGAGAUCUACGCUGCGCUUGAGGAAUGUGAUAUGGACGUUAACCGCGCCGUUGAGAUGCUUCUAUCUCAAGAUACAUUUCAUGAAGUGAAAAGUAAACGUGAAAGGAGAAGAGAGGGGGCAUUCAAUUCAAGGACUAGCGGUAAUAAUGGAGGGUUGAGUCAUGGAGGCAAAACUGGCACUGGCAGUGAUGACAAGGUUGUGCAAAGUGGAUUAACACGUGAGACUUAUAAUGAGAAUGGUAAAGCCAAUGACAAGGGGGAGGGUGGGUCAGUAGGUGCUUCAGUUAUGGCUCCCACAACUCAUGUUGUGAGGAAAUGUACAAAACGCGAUUAUUUUAGUAUUGAUAAUGGAAGACAGUCAUUAAUAACAAGACAUUCUGUACUAGAUUCUGCCCAAGCCUCUCUAGGACCUGAACCCUCAAUGACAGGAAUGAGCAAAGGAUGUCUUUCAAUGGCAGACAUUGUAAGAAUGGGUACAACAUCGUCACAAGACACUGUUUCACAUAACUGUAAUACCUCGGGAGGAGUUUCUGCAUGUGGAAAUUCAGAGUCAAGCUUACCACUUCCCAGUCAAAACCAUUCUGAGCAACAAGUUUUUCAUGAUGAGUGGCCAGCAACUGAACAACCAAUUGCUAGAAAUGCACAGGAACUAAACAUGUCUGCUUCUUCUAAUGCCAAUGGGCCAUUUGAGCAUCCUAGCUUGCAUGUAAAUGCAAUUGGUUUACACAGGAACUGUGAAUUAGACACAGCCCCAGUUUCAUGGGGGGAUGUUGCUUGUGAUAAUGAUGCUUUUGAAAAAAAUGAAUCUGCUUCUAUAUCUAGAGAACAUACUGUUUUGAGCAGCAACACUGGACUACGAUCCCAUUCCAACUCUAACUUAAGGAAUACUAUUUCCUCUGAUCAUUGUAGUUCUUAUGGGCAUGGUGAAGACGUGUCAUCAGCCGCUUCAAUUUUCCAGCGGCUAAGUAUAGGAGAAUCCAAACAGAAAGUGCCAACAUUUGAAGAUGAUCCUGCAGUGGUUAUUCCAAUUCAUUUACAAGCCUUAGGUGCUGACUGUUCACAUUUGAGUUUUGGAACAUAUAAUGGCAGCAGUACUGCAUCUUCUGUCCUUCUUAAUUCUAAUCAUCUUUCAAAAAGUGACUUGGAAGAGAAGUCUGCAGCUGUAGAUGAUUCUUCGGCUCAGUUCCUGGAUGCAAGUUAUGUUUUCCAGAGUGAUAAGCAGCAUGGAUUUGAUGUUCUUAAAGGAGCAGCAGGUGAUAAAAACAGUGACAUCCUUUCAUCUGAUAAGCAAUGGUUUGUGAAGCAUAUUGUUCCUGAGGAAACUUUUGAGAAUGAACACAUCAUCAAGGCAUCUGUAUCAGAUCCUAGUUUGCAAAAAUCACACUGGGAGAAUACUUCACUGCCAUUGAAGCAGCCAGGGGUGCAGAGUGGAAACCAUUUGAAUUUUCCAAGAGAAUUGUAUGCUGACUCAAAUUCAAUACCUGGUGAUGUGUUGGCGUUGCUCAUGUCACAAUCUCAAACUGCAAGACACAGUAACACAGUUUCAUCCAUAAGCAAUCCUGCCUUCUCCAUGUCUAAGGUCAUGGAGCCAGGUGCCUUUCCUCUACCUAUGAGAUCUGCACUUCCCCGGGAUCCUACAGUGCAUUCCUCAUCACACUUUCAUCAAUUGCCUGACACAAAAGGAUAUUUUUCCCUGCCCCAGAAUAGGUCAUACAAUACAACCAUAAAUUCUCAGUUACCAUUUUCAGGCAAUACUGUAUACAAUCAAUCUCCAGCAGACAUGAAGUACAACCUUCUACAAAAUAGAAAUGAAUUCCUUACAAAUAGAUUGCCUCCUGCCACUGCCAGAGAUGCAUUUGGCUAUGGAAAUCUUGGCUCUUCCAUUUAUAGUUCUGGAAGCUUUCUGUCUAAUCCAUCUCCUGGUCAUAUGAUGCCUUCAAGUAACUUUAAUGAGAUUUUACCUUCUCAGUAUAAUGGUGGACGUAACAUAAACUCUAUUCAACAGCAUGGUAGCUUUUCUCAUUGGGAUUACGGAGCCGAGCCAAGAUCUUUGUUUAUCCCGAAGAGAACCCAGUCACAGUAUGCUACUCCUGGAUAUGCUGACCUUCAUCAUUCUGAGACACGGGUUUUGGAAAAAUAUCAGCAGCCAGGUGAUUUUCAAGAUUUGCCAUCCAAGCAGUUGCAUCCAUUUUGGCAACGCGACAACCUUCAUCAUUCUGAGACACGGGUUUUGGAAGAACAUCAGCAGCCAGGUGAUUUUCAAGAUUUGCCGUCCAAGCAGUUGCAUCCAUUUUGGCAGCACGAUAACUAAUACUAUACAUCCUGCUUGUUUUUUCUUCCCUUUUUUGUAUACAGAAUUAUUUUAGUAGGUUUAGGUGAAUUAUGGUGUUAUUUUCAUUCAGAUGCUUGAGCGUUAAUUCAAUUGUAGAUCUUUUUGAGAACCUGUCUUCUGUAGUCCUGAUUUUGCGUCGUUAGUUUCGUUUUCUUAA